UUUUCUGGCUGCAGCUCCGACUUGCCUGCAGAGAGAGAGGAUCUCCGAGGGAGGAGAGGCGCAGCGACAACGGGAGGAUGAUGAGGAGGGGGGGAGGUUUUUACAUCAGAGAAGACGAGCUGGAAUAUAAAUAAAACAUCUAGAACGAUCUGAGUGGAAGGAGAAGGUCUCCACGCACUCCUGUGGUGGAUCAUGGAGCUCCCCGCCGCUGGAGAGCACGUCUUCGCGGUGGAGAGCAUCGAGAAGAAGCGCAGCAGAAAGGGGAGGGUCGAGUAUCUGGUCAAGUGGAGAGGAUGGUCUCCGAGGUAUAACACCUGGGAGCCUGAGGAAAACAUCCUGGAUCCAAGGCUGCUUGAUGCCUUUGAAGACAGGGAACGCCAGGAGCAGCUGAUGGGAUAUCGCAAGCGAGGACCAAAACCCAAACACGUCCUGGUCCAGGUGCCGUCUUUUGCCAGGAGGUCCACCAUUCUGGCAGAUCUUCAGGAGUCGUCCCUGGAAGACGACAACUGUCAGAAGUCCAGUCCCAUCCAGAUGAUUUGUCCCCAGGUCCAGCAGUACCAGCUGAACAGCAAGAAGCACCACCAGUACCAGCCGCUGUGCAGGGAGUCGGAGCAGAAGAACAAUGGCAAGAAGUUCUACUAUCAGCUGAACAGCAAGAAGCACCACCACUAUCAGCCGGACCUGAAGGUGCACGAGCCAGUGUUUACCAAGCCGCAGGAGGUCAAAGCUCCAGAGCUGGUCAACAAAGGCUACAACCUGCCCCCGGCCCUGCAGCAGAAAUGGGUCCGGGACAAAGACUCGGGCUGCCUGACCAAGGUGAAGGACAUCACCAUGGAGCUGAAGAAGCUUCCUGCUGACCUUAACGGGCACAAAGAGCCAGAGAAAGUCGAAGCUACAGAGGACGCAUCGCCACAGUCCAACGGCGUCAGAAGCAGCAAACUUAAGAUCGUCAAGAACAAAAACAAGAACGGGAGGAUUGUUAUCGUCAUGAGCAAGUACAUGGAAAACGGGAUGCAGGCGGCUGCAGCUACAAACGGGGACGCUGCUGAGAAGUCGUCCCAGAGAGCCGACAGCAGCAUAGAGAAUCACCUUGCUAAGAUGAAGCUUGUCAAAAAACUCGGACUCGUCAAUGGAUUUGUGAAACACUCCAAAGACAAACCAGCUGUUCUCGGCUCUGGAUUAAAUGGAGAUGGUCUCAAGGAAAAGGAACCGUCCCCUCUGGUAGGGCGGACUGAGACGGAACAGGAGAAACCAGAGGUCAGAGGUCAAGGGAAGUUUCUCGAGGAUCAGCCAUUACAGCUGACGAGCUCUGGGGCAUCUGACGAGAGGGAAAACCGAGCUGGGUCUGGAGGACUGAAGCGACCCGUCGGUGACCUCGGCAGUGAGGAUCGGGAUGCUAAACGGUUUUUGAGUUGCAGAAGCAUCAGUGUUCCCAACGCGGUUCCCUCACCCCCCCUAAGCGUCAGCACGUCCCAAAACGGACUCCAGACUCCCGCUGGACUGCAGGACUGUGGAUACGUGGACCAGGAGGAACCCAUGGACUUGAGCAUGGUCAAGUCAAGGUCCUCCGUUUGCUCAGCGACUGCAACCGAGAUGCAAACAGAGGCGGUAACACAAACAGAACCUCAGACUGAAACACACAACGCUUCAGAGGACUCCUCCAACCACAGAACCACUAAAGACGAGACCUUUCCUUCUUUUCAGCCGUGUCUUGGGAACAUUGUCAUCACGGACAUCACCACCAACUGUCUGACGGUCACAUUUAAGGAAUACGUCGCAGCGUAGCAGCAGCUGGGAACCGCGGCUUCCAUCUUUGUAUUUCUGGAAGCUUGAAUGUAAAACCUGAAGCUUUGAUGUUUUCAUUUUGUAAAGUUCAGAUUCCCUUUCAACUCCUUUAUAACGGUUUUUGCAUAUUUACAUAAGCUGUACAUAUUUGAAAAUUUUAUCAAACGCUGUAUCUAAUUUAAACUAUUUGAAAACGAUCACAACAAAACUGAAGAUGCGCUUACUUUUGUAGAUAGUUCACUUUUCUACCGAGGGGAUUUGAUAUAAAACAUCUCGGAUGUCGGGCUGUGGGAGGAAACGUUACACAAGGAGAAAAGGAGGUGAAUUUAUCCAACAACCACGUGAUGCUUUAGUCAGAGGAACAGAAAGCACCUUUGCUCUCGAUAAAAUGUUUCAUGUUUUGGAAACAGAAGGGAAUUUUUUUUGUCUCUGAUCGACCCCUGGCCCCGUCUUUGCUCCAGGAGGGCAGUAUUUAACGGUAAAUGAUCCGGCACGUAACGUGCAUCUCUUCGUUUGACCUGAGGUGUUUUCAGCUGCUCUGUAGGAGCAGGAAAUCGUUAAUGUGCAGGCUUUCCCAUGAUGCAUUUGGCAAUAAUAAAAGUGUUUGCAAGAGAA